UACAUCAAUCUAAAACACUUUGUUAAUUGAAUAUGUAUAUCCUUUUCAUUUAAAUUUUGUUCUUGCAAAAAUGUGGAAGCUUCAGGCACUUGUAGUGCACAUCCUGCUAAUGGGCUCUAUAUUGAGCACCUAUUUCCAACCUACUCUAUUGCCCAACCUCGUGCCACAGAAAACGAUGCGCGAGUUGGGUCUUGAGCCACCGGCAGAUCGACUGGUAGUAUUCCUCACAGAUGGGUUAAGAGCGGCAACCUUUCUUGCGAAUAAGGGCAGCGAUGUUCCAGAUCUCAGGGAUAUAUACCGGAAACAAGGACGCAUUGGAAUAUCCCGCACUUGUGCUCCCACGAUGACGCGACCUGGACACAUUGCCAUAUUUGGCGGUUUCAACGAAGAUCCGGCAGCUGCCUUGGUCAACUUCCGCUUUAAUCCCUGCAAUUUCGAUACGGUUUUUAAUCGCAGUAGAAAUACCAUUGGCUGGGUCCACCGAAAUAUUGCCAGUUACUUUAAAGAUCUGCCACAUGGUGGUGCUCCGCUGAAACUAGAAUCGUAUAUGGAAGCACAUUUACCGGAAAAACUCACUUGUGACAAAUGGUCUUUCGAAAAGGUCGAAAACUUCUUUAAGAAUGGUGAUAAUAUUCGGGAAUGGCGCAAUAUAAAGUCGGCGGUGUUCUUUGUCUACUUGGCUGAUAUGGAUAUAGCUGCUCAUCGGUUCAAGCCCCAUUCAAAUAAGUUUUAUAAGAAGCUUCAGUAUACACAGCGCGGUAUUCGAAGGACCUAUGAACUUUUUGAAAGGGUCUUUAACGACAGUAGAACAGCCUAUCUGAUGACAUCCGAUCAUGGCAUGAAUAAUGAAGGAAAUCAUGGCGGUGGAUCCAUACUUGAAAUAGAAACGCCCUUGUUUAUGUGGGGAGCUGGUGUGAGUAGGCCUGAAGUCGAUCCUGAAGCAAACUUCCCCACCAAACCCAACAUAUCCGAGGUAGAUCAGACCCAGCUGGCGCCUCUAAUGUCUGCCUUAAUAGGUCUUCCACCUCCGAUGAAUAAUAUGGCCCUGAUGCCAGUGGGUUAUCUUAAUGUGAGCGAUGAGUAUGAAAUCAAGGCUAUACAUCUGAACGUUUUGCAACUUCUGUCCCAAGCAAAAAUUCUAAUUAGACGUCAUGAGAGCGCAAUAUUCUACGAGUGGUUGCCUAAGUUCGGAGCUCUUAAUUUGAAACAGAUCAAUCAAUAUUCAGGAAAACUAAAUACCCUAAUAGCAGAAGGAAAUACGAAAAAGGCGAUGGAGCUGUGCCAGGAAUUCGGUAAAUCAGCUCAGAAGUGCAUGGCUUACUACCAUCAAUAUUACCAAAUUCCCCUUAUGGUGGCCACCACAUUAUCCUACUUGAUUUGGUUCUACUGUCUUCUCCUCCAGCUGACUCGGUUAUCUAAAGAGGAAAAGGAGCAAAGAAGGGGAUUUAUGACUUUCUCCACCCUAAUCCUAACCAUGAUCGGAAUUUUAGUACUAACUUUGCUGGGCUUGCAAAAUGUGCCGAAUAUCACUACCUUUUAUUUGAUUCUACCAAUUGGUAUGCUGAUAAUAGCUCAGGCUGAACGUCCUGUAAAAGGAUAUUGGAUUAUUACCCCGAUUUGGAACUUGGGCUGCACUCUAUUUCCUGCUGGUCUACUGAUCUUGACGACAUUUAUUUAUACACACCUAGGUGUGCUAUAUGCAAUCUCUGUACUUCUAAACAAUCGAAGAGCUUUCUUAAGACCCUCUGUGAAAUUGUUCAUUUGGCUGACCCUGGUUGUUUUACUCAGUGCAAUGCUGUUUGUACAACAAAAUUUUAAAGAUGGACUCAAAAUUAUUCGCUUGAAAAAUUUCCAUGUGCUUUAUAUAAGCAUGGUGAUGGCUAUUAUUCGUCCCGUGAUCUUGGGUCAUCGACAUGACCCCCGAGUUUGGGCUAUAAAUGCAUUGGCUCUGUUAGCCGGAGCCUAUGGAGUCUACCAAUUUGAGGUCAAGGAAAAAAUAUCAGUCUAUGUCCAUGUCGCAGCUUGGUCGUUUUUGAUCUACGCCUUUCUAUCGAUUUCAUACUUUGCAAAAUCAACUUUGCAGGCCAGGAGAAGAUUGGAACUUAUCACCAUCAACAUGGUCACCAUCAUAUGUCUGCUUACCAUCUCUUGGGGUGCCUUAAAUGUCCAAAUUGUGAUAACCGAAUUUAUUUUGGGCCUUCAAAUUUAUGAGGAAUCAAGGCGAAGCAAAGAAAUUAAAGAUCGGGAAGAGCAGCACAAACCACUGAAGCAACUAAAAGGAUUCUACCGAUACGCUUUCAUGAUUCUUCUAUACUUCUAUGUGGCCUUUUUCCUGGCCGGACACUGGCUAUCCACCUUUUUAUUCAAGUCCACCACCGCUCGACUAUUCUAUCCCCACUUUUCUCUGUUCAUAGCCGGCAGUCUGCUCAUCCUGAAGAUUCUACUUCCAUCCCUGAUCUUCAUUUGCGCUCUCUAUGCAAUGGUUCCAUUUGUCCGCAAGAACACCAGAAUGAUUUUAAUAUGUGUUUUUCUCAUCAGCGACGUUAUGGGCCUCUAUAUGUAUUACUUUGUGCGAAAUCGGGGAUCUUGGAGGCUGAUUCGCAGGGAUCUCGAUCAGAUAUUACUGACCCAUGUUGUGAGCUUUAUGCUGCUGGGUUGUAUCUGCUUGGCCAAGAUUUUCAUGGCCAAUACUACGAUGGAAAAGGUGGAUCGUAGGGACGUUAGGUCUUCUCGACGAACGGCAUCGCCUGAAGAAACUGAGGCGUGAAUUGUAUUUGGAAAGUGUAACAAAAUUCUAUU